AUGAUCGGGGCAAGGGGUAGAUGGGUAUAUGUUUUGACAGCUUUAUCCUGGUUUAUUACUUUCAUAAAUGCUACCACUACCUGUAAUUCAACUCACAGUUGUCCUGAAUCAUCACCUUGUUGUAAUGCUUAUGGUGAAUGUGGUACAGGAGUAUAUUGCUUGGGAGGAUGUGAUGUAAGAUAUUCAUAUAAUUUAACGGCAUGUAUGCCUAUGCCUAGAAUGUCAGAUUUUGAAGUCACAUUUGAUAAGAAAAGUAUACUCUCGAAACAAAGUGACUACUUAGGUAAUUAUUCUGAAACAGAUUGGCUCUAUUCUGGAUACACUAGUAUUCAUGACGACGCCCUUUUACUUCAAAUGCCAAAUCAAAGUAGUGGUACCGUGAUUUCAUCAACCAAGUAUUUGUGGUAUGGAAAAGUAUCGGCUCAAUUGAAGACAUCUCACGAUAAGGGUGUUGUUACUGCAUUUAUUUUAUUUUCGGACGUUCAAGAUGAAAUUGAUUUUGAAUUUGUCGGUUUUAACUUGACUUAUCCACAGAGCAACUAUUACGCGUUAGGUAUUUUAGAUUACGAUAAUGCCAAAGCAUCUAAGUCAUCGAACACUUUCAAAAAUUAUCACGAAUACACAGUCGACUGGCAAGAAGACAAGAUAGAUUGGUACGUGGACGAUAGCAAGGUCAGAACUUUAAAUAAAAGCGACACUUGGAACAAGACCACUAAAAGAUACGACUUUCCUCAAACUCCUUCUAGAAUACAAGUUUCUUUAUGGCCCGGUGGUGAUUCAUCAAAUGGACUUGGAACCAUUGAAUGGGCGGGUGGUAAAAUUGAUUGGGAUUCCAGUGAUAUAAAAAAGUAUGGAUAUUACUAUGCAUAUCUCAAAAACAUAACAGUGGAACAGUACGAUUUGCCAGAUGGUGUCAAGUUAGAAGGUGCCGACGACGAAUCGGAUUUGCAUGCUUAUCUUUAUAACUCUACUAAAGCUGGGCAAAAUAAAAUUGUACUUACAUCUAAAAAGACCUGGUUAGGCUCAGAAGAUGCGACCGGAAUAGAUCCCGAUAACUCAGAUGAUGAAAGUGAUAGUACUAAAUCGAGUUCAUCUCUGAAAUCAAACAAAAGCUCAAGCACAAACACUAGCAAGACUACAACAGGCACUUCUGGAAAGACUGAAGCCGCAAAGACAACUGCGACUACCUAUAAUACUAAUGGAGCUAUUGGUGGAUUCGUUCAAAAUACUGGGGAUUCUGCUGCAAGUAGUACUAGUGAUAGCAGCAAAAGUGGGAGUAGUAGUAGUGGUGGUGACUCUCAGUUUGCAUCAAGCAGCAAAUUACAAAAAAUUUUAUUGGCUGCCACUGCAUUAGCGAUUGGAACAUCAGCAUUCAUGUUUUAA